AUUUCUAAUUCCUAUUCCUUUUUUAACAAUAAUCCCUUCACCUCUAUAAAUUUAAAACUUUACAACUUCUCUAGUUUUAAGGAAAGAAAAAAACUCAAAAAACCUACAUACAUUCAUAAAACCCUGACUAAUUUCUCCAAUACCAUGAAAAAUAUGGAACUCCAGCGUCAUGGACGAUCACAAGAGUUGAAAGCUAUGGCAACCACUAACUUCAAAUUUUCUUCUCGUUUUGGUGCUCUUGUAUUUGUCACAGAUUUAUUUUCUCAAUUGCUUGAAGAUGAAGAACAGCAGCGAGAAGCACCACCAUCGCAACAACAACAACACUCUCUUUCUCCUUCUCCUUCUCGUCCAAACAAGUCAAAAAGAAAAGCGACACUUCCAGUUCGUGCAAUUCCACCGCCGCAAGGAACACCGGCACCCCUUCCGGAGGAAUUUAGGGAGGUUAUGAUACGCGAGGGAAUGACGGAAGGACCGAUAUUGUUGAUUCAGAAGAGGUUGACAGCAACUGACUUGAAAAAGGUUCAAAAUCGGAUGUCGAUGCCGGUGAAACAAGCGACGGAAGAUUUUUUCAAGUUUUUGAAACCCUCGGAAGAAGCCAUUGUCAAUAGCGAAGCGGGAAUGACGGUGCGCCUGAUCGAACCCUCACGGGAUGUCUCCACCGUGGUUUUCAAGAGAUGGAAAAUGGAGAAGACAACGGGGAGGACUAGCUAUAUGUAUGUAUUCAACGGAAAGGGGUGGGGUGAUGUUAAGAACAAGAAUGCGCUAAGGGAAAGUGAGGAAGUUCAAGUCUGGGCGUUUCGUGUUGGUGAUCAACUUGCUCAUGCCCUUGUUAGGGUUCCCUCAUGAAUAUUGUUUUUUUAAAUUAACUAUUAUUAAAUUAACACUAGUAUGUAUAAAUUUUUUAUAAAAUUCAAAAGAAGAAGAAGAAAAGAAGAAAAAUAAAAAAGAACUUCUUGGAAUCGUACAUCAAUUUUCAUCCCCAAAAGGAGAAGAAGUCUUGAAAAUUUUUGGUCUGUUUGAGGGAUUCUUUUGAUUGGGAUAUAUAUGUAAAUAAUUACAUAGAAGCAAAAAGUAAAAAUCACUGAUUUUU